GCGCGUUUUAAUGACCCUCCCGUCCGGGGUGUUUCCAUCUCAUUCAUCUAGAAACCUGCAUCGUUACGAGAACCACUGUUAUAUUUCCAUUAUCAUAUCUUCAUCAGAAAUGUCUUACUCUAAAGUUAUCCCCGCUCUGGCCAGAGUAAAGCCGGGUCAGUUAUUCGGUGUGAGGCUUCGCUCCACAGCAGCAUCCACGCAGCACAAAGAGCAGAAGACCGAAGACACGCCGCUGGAUCCGAGCUGCACGAUAGUGGAGAAGCCCUGCGAUGUGGAUCUCAUCAGCGGGAAAGCGCACACGGACGGCCAGAAGAUCUCCAUCGAUUUCGACAACACACAAGAAGCCUAUAAGAGCAAAGACACACUGGAGCUCCUCAGAAGCCUGCUGGUGUUCAAACUCUGCACCUUUGACUUCCUGGUUGACAAAAAUAAAGAGCUGAUGGACCUCAGUAAAAAGGUUCUUGGCCAGCGGCUCUUCGAGAAACUGAUGAAAAUGACCUUCUACGGUCAGUUCGUUGCCGGUGAGGACCAGAAUUCCAUCAAACCUCUGAUUGAGAAGAACCAGGCGUUUGGCGUGGGCUCGGUUCUGGACUACAGCGUAGAGGAGGACCUGACUCAAGAAGAGGCUGAGAAGAAGGAGAUGGAUUCCUGUGUUUCUGAGGCUGAGAAAGAGAGUCAUGUUGACACCAGUUCAUGCUUACGUCAGGACCAUGAAUGUAUGGAUCAUCGUGAGAAAAAGUACAAAGCUCAUCGCCAGUUUGGAGAUCGGCGUGGAGGAGUGAUCAGCGCUCGGACGUAUUUCUACGCAGAUGAAGCCAAGUGUGACCAUCACAUGGAGACUUUCAUCAAGUGCAUCAAAGCUUCCGCCGGAAGCUCUGUCGAUGGAUUCUCGGCCAUUAAGAUGACCGCACUGGGCCGGCCGCAGUUCCUGCUGCAGUUCUCUGAGGUGCUGGUGAAGUGGAGGAGGUUCUUCAACCUGUUGGCCGCCCAUCAGGGGAAAGACGGCAUGGCCAUACUGGAGCAGAAGCUGGAACUCGAACAACUGCAGGACAGUUUGAUCAAGCUUGGAGUAGGUGCUAAAUCAGACAUUGAGAACUGGUUUACUGGAGAGAAACUGGGUUCAUCAGGAACCAUUGAUCUGUUGGACUGGAACAGUCUCAUCAAUGACACAACCAAAAUCUCCAACCUGCUUGUGGUGCCUAACAUGGAGAGUGGUCACCUGGAGCCUCUGUUGAGCAAAUUCACUGAUGAAGAGGAGAAACAGAUGAAGAGGAUGUUACAGAGAAUGGACGUCCUAGCCAAGCACGCUGUGGAGAACGGCGUGAGGCUGAUGGUGGACGCAGAACAGACGUAUUUCCAGCCGGCCAUCAGCAGACUGACCCUGGAGAUGCAAAGGAUCUUCAACAGAGAAAAACCUAACAUCUUCAACACCUACCAGUGCUACCUUAAAGAAGCGUAUGAUAACGUGUCCGUGGAUGUGGAGCUAUCGCGUCGGGAGAGCUGGUACUUCGGCGCUAAGCUGGUCAGAGGAGCGUACAUGUAUCAGGAGAGAUCUCGGGCGGCAGAGAUUGGCUACGAAGACCCCAUCAACCCUGACUAUGAGGCCACCAACAGGAUGUACCACAAGUGUCUGGAGUACAUUCUGGAGGAGAUUAAUCUCAACAGGAAUGCCAACGUCAUGGUGGCGUCCCACAAUGAGGAUACGGUCAAAUUCACACUUGAAAAAAUGAACGAGAUGAGUCUCUCUCCCACUGAGAAUAAGGUUUACUUUGGACAGCUGCUGGGAAUGUGCGACCAGAUCAGCUUCCCGUUGGGUCAGGCAGGAUUCCCGGUGUACAAGUAUGUUCCGUACGGUCCCGUGAACGAGGUCAUCCCGUACCUGUCUCGCCGAGCGCAGGAGAACCGCGGCUUCAUGAAGGGUUCGCAGAGAGAACGCAGCCUGCUGUGGAAAGAGAUCCAGCGCAGACUCUUCAAUGGACAACUGCUCUACAGACCUGUGUACUAAAACACACACACACACAACUGAACAUCACCUGUAUUUAAAAUAUGGACCCGUCCCCCUACCUGAACGCACAACCAUGUGAGUGUGGGAAACUCAUCACCAAAUGGACAUUAAUACAAUCUAUAGGUUUUAUAGUUUGUGUACAUCAGUGGCUGUAAAAUGAACUAGAGUUAAAGACAACAUGAAAUUGCAUUUGCGAUACAUUUAACUUCUGUGAUGUGACGUGAAACAGAAAGUGUAACAAAAUUCAAAGGGAGAUAAAUAUUAAUAAUAAUAUUUUUUUCUAUUAUCUAAUGAAAAGCAAACAUUUAUAAAUAUUUAAAUUUAUUUUUUUUUUUUUAUUUUGUUACGCAUAACCCAAAAAUUUCAUAAUAUAUGAAAUGUUUAAAUAUAUAUAUAUUAUUUUUUAUUUUAUUGUAUUCCACAUAACACAUUAUCUGAUAUAAAGCAAGCAUUUAAAAAGUAUAUUUUAUUAAGCAAAGUGAAUCAGAAAGUUAAUGUAGGAUAUUGGGUGGGACAUGUUAAGUUAUAAGUUAUGAAGUUAAGACAUGUUUAGUUACAUGAGCAGAACAGAUCGUCUAAGUCAUGUCAGAUAUGGAGAAAGUUUGGGACAGUUACGAAGACUGUCCGUUUUAAUUAUAUGUUGUCUUUAAAUCAGCUCUUCAUCAUUCCACUGUCUUUACAUCACUGGUUAUGUUUGGAAUAACUUCGACCAUACUACUCAUACUGUGCUUGCAUUAUGAUUAUGAACACUGCUAAUGUGACAAAUGAACCAAUAUCAGCUGCCAUUUUUAAUCACGGACCUUUUUACAAAUGCAAAAUAUCUGUAUUAUUUCAGAGAUAACACAAUAAGGCCAUGUGACAUAUAUAUUCACACACACACACAGUAUAUAGUGCACAAUAUGCAGUACACUAGUGAAAAACCUUUGACCUGUUGACUAUUACUGAUGCAUAUGGACUGUUUUCAUACUGACAAUGAUGAGUUUUUUUGUAUUAUAUUUAAUAGUUAUUUAACCAUAUAAAUAUGAUUAAAUGUCUAUUAACAGGCAGGUUUGAUGCAUUUUAGCACUGUAUAUUCUGUUUAGUGUAUGACUGUAAUGUAAAUUAGGUUUUUUUUGGCUUGUUUUUCUUUUGCUUAUUUUAAAAACUGCUGAAAUGAAAUGUAAGUUUGGGUUUGAAUUUAAAUGAGUUUGGAUGAAGUGUGCAUGUGAAUCUUUCUGUUGUUUGAAAUAUUUACUGCUCUUUUAUUAUGUAAAUAAUGAAGUGUGUUAAUAUAAUAUAGCGACGGCGCACAGUUCUCUGCCCAGAGUGAUUUUAGACACUUUUGCACUGUUUAACUAGAUGAAUAUGGAUGACUGUAUAUAAACAUGUCUUAAAUAAAAAUGACAUUUUGUUAAAAA